AUGAGCGAAAGCCAGAAGCUCCUGCAUGAGCAUCCUUCAGACAGCGACUCAGAAGCCGAACACGAGCGCAAAGCGAGUCCGCGACACCUGUCUCCAUCUCCUGCAUCAUCGCGAACCACAUCCGCGUCCCCAGCACCACCAGGGUCACGACCAAAUGGCAACAUCAAGCGACAAUCCUCCUUUGCACAACCUCGGCCCGAUGGCGCACCGAGAACGCCAAAUCGGGUGCGCUUCGAGGAACCCAGGAGGAGCAUGAACGGAGAUACCAAUGGCGGCGACUGGCUGGAGAUGGACGGAGACGACUAUAUGGAUGGCGAUGAAGGGCGGGAGAGAGUCCAGCGGCUUCCUCUGCUCACCGGAAUCGAGGCGCCGAGUGUUACCGUCGCAGAACAAUCGUUCAAUCCGGAAGACCACCUAGAGAACGCACAACCACGGAGCGGCAUGCGGAGCGCUUUCAUGAAUAUGGCAAACAGCAUAAUAGGAGCUGGUAUCAUCGGCCAGCCGUACGCUGUUCGCAAUGCAGGCCUCCUGACAGGCACCGCCCUCCUCAUCGGCCUUACCGUCGUAGUAGACUGGACCAUACGGCUUAUCGUCAUAAAUUCCAAACUAAGCGGUACCGAUUCGUUUCAAGCCACGGUGCAACACUGUUUUGGGAAAUCGGGGUUGAUAGCGAUAUCCCUCGCGCAAUGGGUCUUUGCUUUUGGAGGCAUGGUAGCGUUCUGCGUCGUAGUCGGGGACACAAUACCAAGGGUCUUGGAUUCACUAUUCCCUUCUUUGGCGGAUAUGUCGUUCCUCUGGCUACUGACCAACAGAAGGGCUAUCAUGAUCUUGCUUAUCCUGGGCAUAUCGUUUCCACUUUCGCUUUACCGGGACAUAUCGAAGGCAUGUACUCUUGCCAAAGCUAGUGGCUUAGCACUAGUCAGCAUGUCCAUCAUUAUCGUGACUGUAGUCACGCAAGCUUUCCGCGUACCCGCCGAGUCCAAAGGCCAGCUUCGUGGCUCCCUCAUUAUCCGGUCCGGUAUCUUCGAAGCAAUUGGUGUGAUAGCUUUCGCCUUCGUCUGCCACCACAACAGCCUCCUUAUAUACGGUUCCCUACGAAAGCCCACUAUCGAUCGAUUUACACGCGUUACACACUACAGCACUAGCAUAUCCCUAGUCGCAUGUCUUGUCAUGGCCCUAUCAGGCUACCUGACAUUUGGCGAUAAGACUCUCGGAAAUGUGCUCAACAACUUUCCCAAUGAUAAUCUCAUGGUCAACAUCGCGCGACUCUGUUUCGGCCUCAACAUGCUUACAACGCUUCCACUCGAAGCCUUCGUGUGCCGAGAAGUGAUGAACAACUAUUGGUUCCCCGACGAGCCGUACCAUCCUAAUCGGCAUCUCAUCUUCACCACCACGCUCGUCGUCUCUGCCCUAACCCUCUCCCUUCUUACCUGCGAUCUGGGUAUCGUGUUUGAGUUGUUUGGCGCAACUUCUGCAUGUGCAUUGGCGUUCAUCCUGCCGCCUCUUUGCUACAUUAAGCUGAGUCAGAGAAGCAUGAAGACUUAUCUGGCUGGAGCUGUUGCGGCGUUUGGAUGUACGGUAAUGGUGAUCAGUAUCAUCAAGACCACGAGCAAAACGAUGAUGGGUAACAGCGAAGGUGCCAAGUGUAGUUGA